UAGGUAUUGCGUGCGGUUACAAUCAGGCUUCAUUAACAAGAUUCUAUAAAUAAAUAUGCAUUCCACGUGCACUUAUAAAAACCACAAACCCUGCUUAGAUAAAAUAGUAUGCUCCAUCUACCACAUAAGACACCUCGUUACGUGUACAAACUUUAGUUCGAUUACUAAAAUAAUAUAUCAUGCGUGGACGAGGCCGAGGUAGAAGCAAUAGAGGAAGAGGCAAUGGUAGAGGCAGAGGAAGAGGUUCUCGUGGAAGAGGAGGAUCUCGAGGAAGAGGGGGGUCGAGAGGACGGUCUGCAUCAAGAAGAAGGGGUAGAUUCUCCGGUUCGCGACAAACGAAUCAAAACGAUGGCCAGACGGAUAAAAAAAUCGAGUAUAAUAUUGACGAGGAUCCAAAAUUAUUUUUCACCACAACAGCAUCCACUGACCAACAUUACAAAGCACAGGAAGCAAACCGAACCCGCUACGCAACAACUCUUGCCCUGCUUGUUAAAAACAAGAUUCAGGUGACACAAAAUGCUUGCAUUAAAGCACUUGCUAUGGCAUGGGCAAGAGGAGAUAAAGAGAUGGCCUCAGCCUUUCUCACUUUUAGGUCCCAGUUUGGCCUAGUCGAGGUUCUGCGAUCUCUGAAUAUGCUGGAUGCUGGUCGUCAAGUGCGUGUGCUGGAAAAAAGGCUCAAAAGUCUUCAGUUGUCGGCAACCAAAGUUAAACCUACAAAGCUGGGUAAACUCAAGUCAGACAUUGACAACCUGAACAGGUUAAAGCCCCCUGUUGGAUCUGCAAGUGGUGCUGUGUGCAAAAAUGUAGCCAAGUGGGUGAGAGAAUUCUCAUUAGAAGACUUAGAGUUUUUUGCUAUUCAUUUUCCCAAAGAACCAUGGAAAAAACUAGCCGAUAUUUGUCAUCUGAAUCCAGAAAAGGAUUUCCCAUCUGCGCCCUGGUUCCUGCCGUACUGCUUCGGUACUGGUCCCCCACCAGAGGGCUCUCUUGUCAGCCAUAUUCAAGAUCUCAAGUCAGAAAGUGUGAAUGACCUGGUCAAGCAGCAUGAUAUUCCAUACAGUGUGAUUAAACAGUUUAAAGAUGACCUCACCCCCGAGUCAAAGCAGAGAAUCGCAAAAUAUGAGACCAAGUUGGACACAGUUCUUUGGUACUAUGAAGACCUAUCAUGCCCAGGCACUGACCAGGAAAUUUUAUCCAGAUUAAAUGAUGGGGCACAGGUUUCUCUUCCUAAUGGAAAGCUGCUAGAGCGACUGCUAACCAUCUUUCUGCUUCGUCACCCUAAUUUAAACCAAAGAGCAUGGGAUGCUGUUGUUGCUGAUGUUGUGUAUGAAGGUGAGCCUGAGGGGGAGGUGAACUUUUUUACAAAGUUGAUUGAAGUUGCCGAGCCACGCUUGACCUCAAUCAGGCUCAGUCUAGAAUCACCAAUAGUUGUAAUAGGUGAUGCAUCAGGCUCCAUGGAGGUGGCUAUAAAAACUAGCACCAUCAUUGCCAGUCUUCUCACUGCCAUCUGCUCUGCCAAGUUAGUCUUCUUUGACACUGAGACUAGAGAUGCUCCAUUCUUACCCAAAACAGUGGAAGAGAUGCUGAAAUUAGCUGUGACCACCAAAGCUGGUGGAGGGACAGCCCCUGCCGCCUCCCUUUUGCCAUUCUACAAGAACAAGGAGGUCGUCAAGACUUUUAUAAUUGUCACUGAUGAGGAGGAGAAUGGGGAGGCUGAGAGUUAUAGGUUUGCACCCCUGUACAAGAAGUACUAUGAGGAGGUUUACCCCGCCCAUCUGGUCUUUGUCUCCUUCCUGAGAGGUCAGCACGCCCAGGGGCAGAUGGUCACCGAACUCAACGAGAUUGGCUUCCACCCCAAGCAGCUUCGGCUGGAAGGGUCAAGGCCAGACCUGACCAAGUUGGAUGACCUGUUUGCCCAGCUUUCUGCUGAAACUUCCUCUUUCCAGGAGCAGCUGGAGGAGGCUGAGUCCAUUUUGAUGGAGCAGGGGGUGUGCAAGUUGUUUGAGAUGAUGAAGGUGGCUGAUGGGUAUAAAACUAAUGAUCAGGGGAGUUAAUUUUAGUUUGCAUGUAGAAGAAAUACGUGAUUGAGAGUGAUUUAGUUGAUUUGAAGUUAGUUUAAAUGAAAAUAAGUUUUGUAUAUGUUUUAAGUUUAUAUGUACUAGUACAAGCACAAUAUUUUUAAAAUACUCUAAGCAUUAACUAUUUGUUUUUAGAUUAUUGAACUGUGAUAUUUACAUUUUUUUAACCUUUUU